AUGUGGUUGGUGGGGGGGGGUGAGGACAGGGGUGAUGUGGUUGGUGGAGGGGGGGGGGUGAGGACAGGGGUGAUGUGGUUGGUGGAGGGGGGGGGUGAGGACAGGGGUGAUGUGGUUGGUGGAGGGGGGGGUGAGGACAGGGGUGAUGUGGUUGGUGGAGGGGGGGUGAGGACAGGGGUGAUGUGGUUGGUGGAGGGGGGGGAGGGUGAGGACAGGGGUGAUGUGGUUGGUGGAGGGGGGGGGGUGUCGGGCCGUGCCACUCUGGAGGGCAAAGGUCAGCUCAAGUUCUCUUCUGGAAAAUGGAGUCCGCAUCACAACUGCAGCCAGCUCGCCACCGCCAACGACACGAGCGUCCGCGGCUGGGACCUGCGCACGAACCACACGGUGAUGGAGGAGGUGGUGGAGGAGGUGAUGGAGGAGGUGAUGGAGGAGGUGAUGGAGGAGGUGAUGGAGGAGGUGAUGGAGGAGGUGAUGGAGGAGGUGAUGGAGGAGGAGAUGGAGGAGGUGAUGGAGGAGGUGAUGAGGAGGUGA